AUGGCGUUCCAGUCUGGCGAAGCAGUCCGGGUCCGCGGCUCGACCGUGGUCUACAAAGUCGUCGCCGUGAACAGCAACUUGGUCACCAUCUUGGUCUCGAAUCCGCAGCCCGAUGGCCAGUAUUUACCGUUUACCCCGACUGCGCUGCAGACGGUCGACGAGUCCCGACUUGAGAAAGCGGAUGACGUCUCUUGA